UCUACAACUACAACUACAACAACCACACAAGCCGCUCUUACCACCUCAUUGUCAUUACGUUUAAAUGAGGCUUUUGACUUGAGUCUGCAAGAUUCCAGCAGUGCCAAGUACCAGCAAUAUAAAUCUCAAAUUGAGGCAGUGCUCAUGAAAAGUUAUAGAAAUAUACCUGGCUUUCGUUCGGUUACUGUCACUGGCUUCAGGUCUGGGAGUGUGAUUGUGGAGUUCAGUCUUCAGCUGGAUCCCUCGACGGACAGUAGCAUCAUCACUUCAGAUCAGACAAACCAGGACAUCAAAAACAACCUGCAAAAUUCUGGUUUCCAGACAUCAGAAAAUUCAGUUUCUCAAAGUGAAGAGACAACAUUUAUGGAAGCUUCCACAGUGUAUCCGGGCGAUGACAUGGUGCUGACGUGUAAUGCCAACGGGGGCGUUCAGGGGACUGUUCAGUGGAGAGCCAAGGGAACCGUAUUACAGGAUGAUUCACACUAUGUGUUCUCGGCAGGAAGGCGGACGCUCACAGUGAAAGGUGUCACCCCCAGUGAUAACGGUCGUUAUGAAUGUCAGUACAGUACAAGCAGUGGACUCCAUAUCCUGUGGGACGACAUUGACUACAUCAAGCCUUACCCCAAUAUUCAAACAAGUCCUAACAGGUCUUAUAAGUGUCAGCCUAGUAAUCUUGUUCAGCUCACCUGCUGUGUGUAUGUGGAUUAUGACGUGCAGCUGGUAAACGACAAAGAUCAAAUUCUACCUUCCACUCAGUCUUUGCAGCCUGAUUUACAGCAAAAGUGCAUCCAAUACUCCUUCUCAGUAACACAAAGCUGCGGUUCAACACUGAAGUUCCUUUGCAGACUUGCCCAUGGAAAUUUACAAACAUUCUCAUACAGUUCAAGAACAAUAGAGCUGAAGAUUUCCGCAGCUCUUCCAGUUUCAUCUGCCAACGCACCUGUGACAUGUGAGGAUGAAGUGUACGGGUUUGGUAACGUGGGAGACACCGGUGUUGGACAGUGUGAUGCUACUGAAGUGGGCAGUAAAACUGCGAAGUGUGGAGACGAUGGAAAGUGGAAAACUGUCCAAAACAACUGCGUCCUUCGAGUCUUUCAAAUGCUGAAACAAGAAUCUCAGGACUUGGAUACAAACUCUGUAAAACAAUUUGUGAUAAAAGUUGCGAAUGCCACACAAGAGCAUGUUGGACAAGUCACCACUUCCCCUGGCACCGUUGCAACCAUCGUAACCCUGCUUAACACGAUCACUGUUGUCUCACAAAGCAUUCAGGUUGACCAGGUUGUAAUUCAUGUUUUCCUACAAACACUGGAUGUCAUCACAUCUCCUGCAACACAAAACACUUGGAAUGAAUUAAAUAACAGCCCUGAAAGCAAAGGAACCAGCUCUUUACUCCUGAUGUCUUUGGAAAAUAUCAUUAAAAGUGUCUCAAGCGACGUCUCUGAUUUUACAACCAACACCACAGAGUUUAGAAAGGGCACCAUCUCUAACGAGCCCUUCAACCAGACUUUUGGGAAUGACUCAACAGCCACGAUAUUCGUCCCCAACACCAUUCUGACCACGAACGUUACGAUCACUUCUGUUGCCUUCUUUAAUCUGAGCUUCAUCCUGCCACCCAGAAACAACACUGUGAAUGAGACUUCGGGGGCCGUCGUUAACGGAAUCAUUGUUUUGGUCUCUGUGAGUAAGAACAACAGUAUUCACAACACCACACUGACCUUCAGAAAACUCGAUGCUACUAAUAAAUUGGCAAAUGCUGACUGUGUUUUCUGGAACUUUGAUCUUUUCGACGCUAUCGGAGGAUGGGACUCGUUUGGCUGUAAGCGGAAGUCAGAUCUGAACGGAAUCAUUACGUGCGAAUGUAAUCACACCACCUCCUUCUCUAUCCUGAUGUCUCCGGGCGGCGUGGACAGCGUCCCUCUGUCCAUCAUCACAUAUGUUGGUGUGGCCAUAUCGAUGGCCAGCUUGGUGUUGUUCCUUCUCAUUGAGGCCAUCUUCUGGAAGCCCAUCACCAGAGGCUCCAGCAGCCCGAUUCUAUAUUUGCGACAUGUUUCCUUGGUAAACAUUGCUGUGUCACUCCUGAUCGCCAACAUUUGGUUUAUUAUUGGGGCAGCUAUCUCAGAGUCUGCCCCAUCGGUACCGAUUAACCCCUGCAGCGCAGCGGCCUUCUUCAUCCACUUUUUCUACCUUGCUCUUUUCUUCUGGAUGCUGGUGUCUGCUCUUCUGCUCUUGUACAGCAUCCUGGUGGUUUUCUCUCGCAUGUCCAAGAGCGCCAUGAUGGCGAUUGCCUUCUGUGUGGGCUACGGAGCUCCGCUCAUCAUCUCCGUCGUCACCGUGGCAUCAACAGCUGGGGGAGGAACCUACAUCACAAAGGAAGGAGCUUGCUGGCUGAACUGGAAAGAGUCUAAAGCUCAGCUGGCCUUCGUAAUUCCUGCCCUGGCCAUAGUGUUCAUCAACUUCCUCGUCAUGGUUGUGGUCCUGUACAAAAUGCUGAGGAAAAGAGUGGGAGAAAGAAGCGGCGAUGAUAAGAACGCCAUGGGAGUCAUCGCUCGCUUCGUGGCUGUAUUGACCCCAGUUUUCGGCCUCACCUGGGGGUUCGGCUUGGGCCUCAUGAUUAGCCCUGAAAGCUUAGCGCUGCACUACCUGUUUGCCAUCUUAAACUCUCUGCAGGGAUUCUUCAUCGCGGUGCUCGGGACGCUGUUCGAUAAGAAGCUUUUAAAGACAGUCAAACAAAAACUAAGAAUUGGGUCGAGAUCCAGUGGCACAUUCACUUCGAUGAGCACGACCAACAGGACAGGGUCCACUGCAGCUAUAUGAAAAUAUCCUCCAGCAAUGCUGCAAAGUUGGAGGAUCUUCUGUCCUUUCGUUCUUCUGAAUCACUGUUUUUAAUCACAUAUAAUGGUUAGGUUUCAGGUUAAUAAAUAAAUAAUCAGUUUUCAGAUCAUCAGUAGGAGAAACAGUAGAUGAGUCUAGAAUGAUGAACAGAUCUGGAGAAGUUUCUUCACUGAAUGAUAAAUCUAUAGAACAUCCAGAAUUAGGUUCUAAUAAAAUUAAUAUCCAGAAUGAAGUUCUAAUAAAAUGAAUGUCCAGAAUGACGUUCUAAUAAAAUUA